CUUGGCGAAAACAUUCGCAUAUCAACUAUUUUCCUUUCAAUACUCUCUUGAAUCCUCGAUUCCCUUUCAAUUCUGUUCACUUCCUCGGACGAUCAUGACCAGGUUACACGCUGACCCCAAUUCAGAACAGUGUCCAGACUUCGCGUCCGCAGAGUUUCAAAGUAGUCGCGCGCCCCUCUUGAGCCCUACCAGCGACGAUGCUCAAGCUGCGGCCACCUUACGCACCAUUUGGACUGCAACCAACGCCACUCUCAAAGCUAAAUGGCAACUUCAGCUCGAUGCUGAAGCUUUGGAACUCACAGAACAACAGCGUCUCCGAGACGAAGCCGAGGCACAACGCCUCGAGGCUCAGGCUCAGCUCGACGCCACUACAGCAGACGAAGAUCGGAAGAAGAACCGGAUCCAUCACAUUCCCAUUCCUAGUCGACCACGCCCUAAACGCGCUGCUGAAUCUUUUCUGGUUUCGGACUUUGCGUUAUGCAAACUAGACAAGGCUCAAUUCGUCGAGCUAUAUUACUGGACCAAUAAAGGCCUCGCAGAUGCUCGUCUGAACUUCCUUACCACCGACGAUGACAGCAUGGUACCCUCAGCGGCUGCGGAUGGCUCUACCUCGUGGAUUGCCGCAAGUGUGGCUCGCCCAGCAGCGGGGGUUAUUGCUGACCACCUUCUUGCGCCUCUUGACUUCUCUCGCGCCAUUCCUCGCUUCAUUGCCUCGUUGGAGCAGCGAGGUUGGGAAGACUCACGUAUUGUUAUGUUAGCCAACUUCUUCGGCGCACUGAUGUUACAUAACUAUUGGUGCUCCGACAACGCUCUAGAGCAACGAGCUCUCCUCGCUUACGAGGAGGAUCAGCGUCGUGCAUGGCACCAAGCAAUUCCUUUGGCCUCCGGAGCCUGGGAUAUCAGCAUUCUAGACGAAACGGAGAUUUCUCAGACGUUUGACCGCCUGUAUCACAGUGAAUGAGACCGAGCUGACCGUGAAUUCGAUCUAAAGCGUUUACAUGGCAUUCCUUCUUCUCACCCAGUGGACGACGAUGCCUCCAGUCGCUCCAAGAGGAGUUGGAUUUCCUCUGACAACGCCUCCUCAGAGUACCGUUUCACCUCUGAUUCGAGCCGUUCGGAUCAUUCCAAUCCACGCAACAAAACUCCCCGCCUUGACAAG